UUGAUAAGCAAAUGCCAUUUACUACUAGUAAUCAGUACAGCAGAGCAGAAAACAUGCUGUUUUGAGACGGUUUACAGUUCGUUACAACCUACCCAUACGAGGGCAAAGGCAACAUGUUGGAGGCGUGAGAAUUGGAAACAGCCGGUUAUUUCUGUUGUGAAACCCAGGGUGUCUGUUCAGACAUGUCUGUUGUUUGAUUAUACAGAAAAGCCAAAGGCCUCCAUUCAGGCAGAAGAGCCUGUGGAGUGGGGUUGACUGUGGGGCUUUACACAAGCCAACAGCAGACGGGAAAUCAGGAAAUCAGCAGAGAAAAGGGACAAUAGCAUGGAGAUUAGAGAUCUUUUAACCCCCUCCUCUUUAUGGUCAACCUGUUUGCUCACCAACUACAACUUUCUUUAAUAAGCACGCAAUCAGUGGAGGCUAAAACAAAUUUUUUUCUCACCCCUCUCUUUCAAGCAUAUUCUCUGGAACUAAACCAUCCAGUAAAGUUUCAAUCUUUACUAAUAACAUGGAACAUGGAAAAAAUGAGCAGCUCCAAUUUACCACCUACUUCCCCCACAGGUGAAGGGUGCAGCAAAUCAAACAGCAAAACUCAACUGUAACACCUAUGCCUGCAGGGCAGACUUGUUCUGCAGUCACGAUGGUGUGUUCUGAUGACUUGCAGACUUCCUGAAAUAGGCUGACUUCACAAAAGCUGACAUAAAAAUAAAAAAAGCAAUGCCUCCACCUGGAUGCCCUUGUACUCUGACCUCCUCUGGUUUAUCAUUUACGCAAGGAGGCCGUUCACAAGCAACACACCUGGAGGUGAUUUUGCAGCGCAAUCCGGAUUUUAUGCUGACUGAAAAAAAGAUUAAUUGCCCACAAACUAACAGCGCUCGCUCCAGCUGAAAACGAUGGCACUAUGUAUUUAGGCUGCAUCAUUUCCUGAGGAUUCACAGAGAUCAAAGUCUAACUCCAGUAAAUCCAUCAGGAUGCCACUUAAAACGUCGCUGUACAGAAAUCCAUCCUCCAGUCGCUGGUCUAGCAGGAACUCAAAGAGGAGAGAAGUGCUAUCUGUCGAAAUGAUCAGUCUACCCCUAGGUGAUUUUCGGCAUGUCUCUCACAUUGGGAGCGACAGCCAAGACGACAGCUUUGGAGAUUUAUCCUUCCUCAAAAUGGGUCACGGCCUGCUCCGACAAAGUUCCAAGAGCGAACAGAACCUCUUCCUGAGCUGCAAGCCACCACCAAAGCCCCCACGUCUGAACCUGGAUGGAAAGGAGGGCAUGCAGAGCCCCGAGUGGUCUGUGGACAAGAAGAGAAAGAAGUGCAACUCUUUGCCUCUUCUGGACAGUGAAGAAGAAGAUAAGUGCGAAAACGAGGAAGUUAAUGAAACGAGGAAUGACUUUGCUUCUAAUCAGACUUGCCGGCCCGGAAGUGGCAGCGUGGGUUCUGAUAGAGAUCGAGAGUUCACAGGGAGUUGUGAACACAUUGAUGAAUUUAAGGAUGAGGACAGUGGCUUUUCAUUCAGUCUGGACCUGGGCCCUUCAAUCCUGGAGGAUGUUCUUCGGGUGAUGGACAAACUGCACAACUGAAAAACCUUGAACAACUUGGUAAGACACUGGCUGUUGGAGAAGAAAUUUAACUUAAUAUUCUUCUCGGGACACAACUUUGCAUAACCAUGAGGACAUGAUAAAUUAUCCAGUGUAGCAAAGACUGGAUAAUUUUGCCAUUAAUUCAAUUUGCCACCCUGGUCCUGGUCUGCACAAAGAGUCUGCAGAGAGCUGUGACCAAACUGGAGAUCAAUUUACGAGGACAGUAGCUCUUUAUUCAGCCUGGAUCUGGACAAACUAAUUUGUGAACAAUGUUCUCCAGAUCAUCGACAAACUGCGCAACUAUGCAAAAUACUGAUGUCAUCACUUCUUUGGAAGACCCAACACUAUUUUAUUAACAAGGAUACUUAAUAAAGUAGAAACUUAUAUUUGCUGCUUCCUAAGAUCUUUACAUUCUCAAACAAACAAAUGAACAUCUUGUUACUCUAAAGAAGACAUGAUGUUGUUUAUAGAACAUUAUGAUAACCAGCAUUUGCCAAAAACAGAAUGGUAAAGAUAAGACAGGAACGUUUUUUUUUAUGUCUGGGCAUUUCUAACUUCAUCUACAUUUCCUCUUUACUAUUAUAACCUCCCAGCCCACACUCAAAGCAGCUGUUAGGAUUUAAGGGUGUUGUGUUUAAGAAAAGAAAAGCUGAGGCUGAAAUCCAAGGUCCUUGAGCUGUGAUGUCUUGAGUCUUGGCGUGCUUGCCCGUCUAUUGUGUGCACAGGGCAAUUUUUCCUCCGCACGCAUCCUGGCGGCCCCACUCGAAGGUAGAGCAAGGUACCCCCCAUUUCUCAUUCCCAGCAGUACAGUGAAAACAAACAUUUCGCUCUGCUUCCAAUAAAAGCCACCCAGUGGUGGCAGGUUGGGCAGCAUACCAAGGUGGGCCACAGGUCCAAGACCUUAUAAGAAGAAAGAAAUGGCAGAGCAUGCUGUUUUGUUGGCUGCAAAUCAGAGUGCGAUGAUCUGGCGGAUGGCGCUCAAGAAAGAAAGUGGCGGUGAGUAACACUAUACAUCUACACAUGCAGGGAGGUUGGAGAGGAAGAGGGAGACAGACUCUGCUUCAGCAGAGGUCCUGAUGAGGACUUAAACACAACCUUCUGAGCAAAUACAUGCUGCGUCUCAUGUAUAUGUAUUGCAUUUCUUCUCACGUCAUCCAAGUGGGAAUUUGUGCAGACAAUUGAGGUCUACUAAUAGGGGGUUGAGAGGAUGAUAUGUGGGACAAGCCCGGAAAAUGUUAAAUUCCUUUGCACCCUAAAAGGUCAAACUGGGAAAUACAAAAACCACAAAUGUCCUGCUUCAAGCAAAAGACUCAGUAUUCUAUGCAUGUCCAAACAAAAACAGCGUUAUUUCUGGAUACAUCUGCAUUGUAUGUCUGUUUUGGUGCCUGAUGUUUUAAACUGGAUACCUCUGUUUCUUGUAUAUGUUAUGACAAAAGUUAUUGUGAAAGCAUUUUUUGCAUUGUAAAAUCUACCGGUUUGUACUUUGGUUUGGUAGGCAAAAAAUGUACACCAUUCAAAUCCCAUCAUUGGUGGUUUUGUGGAUAAACUGAACGGGACUGUUUACACAACAAUGGACCGACAUGUACUUGGCUUCUCAGCAAAAGAAGCCAAAAUGGAUGGAUUAUGUUUUAAAUCUCACUGAUGUCCAACCUUUUUUUUUUUUUUUUUUCAGCAAUCAUUGUCUUGGGUACAAAUAAUUAAAUGUGGAAAUGGACAGUAAUAUAUAUUAAAACAUGUCUCUGGCAUUGCAUUACAAUUAAUUUAAGAAAACCACUGCCUUAAAUGAUUUCCAUUGCUCUGAAGAAUGCCUAAAUCAACAUAAUAAAGGUGGAUAUUGCCAGAUGUAAGGCUGGAGCCUUGUUCGUGACAAUGACUCAUAAUGAUUAAAGCUCAAUUUCUUCACAAAUGAAAAAAAAGAAGUGCUAAGUAGGGCAGCCGCAAUGAGACGAAAUUGUAGACCAAAUAAGAAGAGUUAAAUUUUCAAAUGUACAUUUGUUUUCUGUUUAUAUAAAACAAGUAAGCUCCAUUUAAUAAAGAUUAGUAGUCUGGGAGCAAAUGGAUGUACCGGAGGAUUUUAGGGGCAUCAGAUUAAAAUGAACAGAUGCUACAAACAA